CCGCCGGAGCCGGGACGAGCAUGUGCCGCGGCUCUCGGGCGGCGGCGGCGGCUCCUCGGCGGCGGCAGCGACAGCGGCCGCCAUGGCCAAAGCCGGCGCGGAGCUCACCCGCGAGCUGCAAGACAGCAUCCGGAGGUGCCUGAGCCAGGGAGCCGUUCUCCAACAACACCGUGUGAAGCUGGAGACCAAACCCAAGAAGUUUGAGGACCGAGUGCUGGCCCUGACCUCCUGGCGCCUCCACCUCUUCCCCCUUAAAGUUCCUGCCAAGGUGGAGAGCUCCUUCAAUGUCCUGGAGAUCCGUGCCUUCAACACGCUCAGUCAGAACCAGGUCUUGGUGGAGACGGAGCGUGGCGUGGUGAGCAUGCGGCUGCCGUCAGCUGAGAGUGUGGACCAGGUGACGCGGCACGUGAGCUCUGCCCUCUCCAAGGUCUGCCCCGGCCCGGGGUGUUUGAUCCGGCGUGGGAAUGCAGACACCCCGGAGGGGCCCCGAGACACGUCCCCCAACUCUGAGACUUCCACAUCUACCACUCACAGUGUGUGUGGUGGCUUCUCCGAGACCUACGCCGCCCUGUGCGACUACAACGGGCUGCACUGUCGGGAGGAGGUGCAGUGGGACGUGGACACCAUCUACCACGCUGAGGACAACCGCGAGUUCAAUCUUAUGGACUUCAGCCACCUCGAGAGCCGAGACCUGGCCCUCAUGGUAGCGGCCCUGGCCUACAACCAGUGGUUCACCAAACUGUACUGCAAAGACCUGCGGCUGGGCUCAGAAGUGCUAGAACAGGUGCUACAUACCCUGAGCAAGUCGGGGAGCCUGGAAGAGCUCGUGCUGGAGAACGCAGGACUGAAGACGGACUUUGUGCAGAAGCUGGCCGGGGUGUUUGGGGAGAACGGGAGCUGUGUGCUGCACGCCCUCACUCUGUCCCACAACCCCGUCGAGGACAAGGGUUUCCUCAGUCUGAGCCAGCAGCUCCUCUGCUUCCCCACCGGCCUCACCAAGCUCUGCCUGGCCAAGACGGCCAUCUCCCCUCGAGGGCUCCAGGCGCUGGGCCAAACCUUCGGAGCCAACCCAGCCUUCGCCAGCUCCCUCCGGUACCUGGACCUGAGCAAGAACCCCGGGCUGCUCGCCACCGACGAGGCCAGCGCCCUCUACAGCUUCCUGGCCCAGCCCAAUGCCUUGGUGCAUCUGGACCUCUCGGGGACGGACUGUGCGGUUGACUUGCUUCUGGGUGCCCUCCUCCACGGCUGCUGCGCCCACCUCACCUACCUCAACCUGGCUCGCAACAGCUGCUCCCACAGGAAAGGCCGGGAGGCCCCGCCGGCCUUCAAGCAGUUCUUCAGCAGCGCCUACACCUUGAGCCACGUCAGCCUGUCCUCCACGCGGCUGCCCCUGGAGGCCCUGAGGGCGCUGCUGCAGGGCCUCUCCCUCAACAGCCACCUCAGCGACCUGCACCUGGACCUCAGCAGCUGCGAACUCCGCUCGGCAGGGGCGCAGGCCCUGCAGGAGCAGCUGGGGACCGUGACUUGUGUGGGCAGCCUGGAUCUGUCGGACAACGGGUUCGACUCCGACCUCCUGACCCUGGUGCCCGCGCUGGGCAAGAACAAGUCCCUCAAGCACCUGUUUCUGGGCAAGAACUUCAAUGUCAAGGCCAAGACCCUGGAGGAGAUCCUCCACAAGCUGGUGCAGAUGAUCCAGGAGGAGGACUGUUCCCUGCAGUCCCUGUCUGUGGCCGACUCCCGGCUGAAGCUGCGCACCAGCAUCCUCAUCAACGCCCUGGGCAGCAACACGUGCCUGGCCAAGGUGGACCUGAGCGGCAACGGCAUGGAGGACAUCGGGGCCAAGAUGCUGUCCAAGGCCCUGCAGAUAAACUCCUCCCUCCGAACCAUCCUGUGGGACCGGAACAACACCUCCGCCCUGGGCUUCCUGGACGUCGCCAGGGCUCUGGAGAGCAACCACACGCUGCGCUUCAUGUCCUUCCCGGUGAGCGACAUCUCGCAGGCCUACCGCAGCGCGCCCGAGCGCACCGAGGACGUCUGGCAGAAGAUCCAGUGGUGCCUGGUGCGCAACAACCACUCGCAGACGUGCCCCCAGGAGCAGGCGUUCCGGCUGCAGCAGGGCCUGGUGACCAGCAGCGCCGAGCAAAUGCUGCAGCGGCUGUGCGGGCGCGUGCAGGAGGAGGUGCGCGCCCUGCGGCUGUGCCCGCUGGAGCCCGUGCAGGACGAGCUGCUCUACGCGCGGGACCUCAUCAAGGACGCCAAGAACUCACGGGCGCUGUUUCCCAGCCUCUACGAGCUGGGCCACGUGCUGGCCAACGACGGGCCGGUGCGACAGAGGCUUGAGUCCGUGGCCAGCGAGGUGUCCAAGGCGGUGGACAAAGAGCUGCAGGUGAUCCUGGAGUCCAUGGUCAGCCUGACGCAGGAGCUGUGUCCGGUGGCCAUGCGGGUGGCCGAGGGGCACAACAAGAUGCUGAGCAACGUGGCCGAGCGCGUCACCGUGCCCCGCAACUUCAUCCGAGGGGCGCUGCUGGAGCAGGCCGGGCAGGACAUCCAGAACAAGCUGGACGAGGUGAAGCUGUCGGUCGUCACCUACCUGACCAACUCCAUCGUGGAUGAGAUCCUGCAGGAGCUGUACCACUCGCACAAGAGCCUGGCUCGCCACCUCACCCAGCUGAGGACGCUGUCAGACGCCCCCGGGGGACCGGGCCAGGGGCAGGAUCCGUCCUCCCGAGGCCGAGGCCGGAACCACGACCACGAGGAGACCACCGACGACGAGCUGGGGACCAACAUCGACACCAUGGCCAUCAAAAAGCAGAAGCGAUGCAGGAAGAUCCGGCCCGUGUCCGCUUUCAUCAGCGGCAGCCCUCAGGACAUGGAGCCGCAGCUGAGCGGCCUGGGUCCCCCGGGCUGGUUCUCGGGCCUCGGCGGCAGCCAGUCCACGGCCGGCGGCUCCUGGGAAGGCCUGUCCGAGCUGCCCACUCACGGCUAUAAACUGAGGCACCAAACGCAGGGGAGGCCCCGGCCCCCCAGGACCACCCCCCCGGGACCCGGCCGGCCCGCAGCCCCCCUGCCCGGCGCGCGGCAGGGGAACGGCACGGCCACCCGCCUGGACGAGGGGCUGGAGGACUUCUUCAGCCGAAGAGUCAUGGAUGAAAGUUCCAGCUACCCUCGGACGCUGAGGACCGUGCGGCCCGGCCUCGCGGAGCCCCCGCUGCCCCCGCUCCAGAAGAAGAGGCGGCGAGGCCUGUUCCACUUCCGCCGGCCACGGAGCUUCAAAGGCGACCGGGGGCCGGGGUCCCCCACCGCCGGACUCCUCCUCCCUCCACCCCCCCCUCCGCCCCCGACUCAGGAGAGCCCGCCCAGCCCGGACCCCCCGAGCCUCGGCAACAACUCCUCUCCCUGCUGGAGCCCCGAGGACGAGAGCGCCCUCCUGCCCGGGCUGGGCGGCAGCAGGGGGCCUUCCUUCCGCAGGAAGGCGGCCGCCGAGGGGACCGAGCCCGGGGAGGGGGGCCCGGCGCCCGGGACCGCACAGCCGCCCAGAGCCCCCGGCGUGGCCCUUCCCGGCCUAGGAAGGGCCAAGGGCUGGAGCUUCGACGGAAAAAGAGAGGGCCCGGGCCCAGACCUGGAGGACAGCACCCAGGCUUGGCAGAGGCGGCGCUCCUCGGACGACGCAGGGCCCGGAGCCUGGAAGCCCCCUCCGCCACCCCAGAGCACCAAGCCCAGCUUCAGCACCAUGCGCCGGGCCGAGGCCACGUGGCACAUCGCUGAAGAGAGCGCCCCCCACCACAGCUGCCCGAGCCCCAGCCCGGCCUCCCGGGAGGGAGAGGAGGAGGCGGAGCGGGCCCCGCUCCCCGACAGGACGGCGCCAGCGAGGAACGCCAAGCUGCAGGACCCCCCUCCGGCCCCGCGACCCCCCAAGCCGGUGGCCGUCCCCAGGGGCCGGAAGGCCGCCCAGGUGCCCGGGAGCAGGGAGGACGCCCCCGGAGCCAGCCAGCCCCCGCCCGGGACGGGCCCGCAGGACCCCGAGGAGCCCGACGCCGCCGCAGGACCCCCCGACCCGGGCCGCCGGACAGCCCCCCUGAAGCCCAAGCGGACGCGCCGGGCACAGUCCUGCGACAAACUGGAGCCCGACAGAAGGCGGCCCCCUGAGCUCGCAGGAGCCGGCGAGCCGGGCACCGGCUGACGCCGCGGAGCGCCCUCCCCAGCCUUCAGCGACACGUGCCUCACCGGGACUCGGCCCCCGCGGCCCCUGCUCCCCCGGCCCCCGCCGCCCCUGCUCCCCGGCCCCCGCCCCCCGGGGAGGCGGGGAGUGGCCCGCGGGGAGCCGUGCUCUG